AUGUCGCUGGAGCCUCUGAAAGAAGAGCAUAAAGCUUCAUUGGCUGAACCUGUGCCUUCGGCUGCGUCUGACCUGAAAGUUCCCCUCGAAACGUCGCCUCCACACCUGAACCUCCAGGGUCCACAAGAAAUCGUGGAUUCUGGGACUAAGCUGGCUGCUGAACAACCUAAUCUGUUUCAAAAUGCGCUUGCUCAGUUCUGGCAAAGACUAAGGUCGCCGGACGCGCCAGAGACUGAUCCAGAGUCUUUACAGCCGGUUGUUAUCAUGGGAACUUCGUAUAAGGGUACAUUGACCCUGGCGGGUAUCGAGGAAGCCAUUCGGAGACGCCUUUGGUUUACUUAUAGAACGGGUUUCGAGCCUAUUCCAAGAGCCCUCGACGGGCCGAGCCCGCUUUCGUUUAUCGGGUCGAUGAUAGUCCACGGAGUGAACCCUCAUGGGGCUUUGGCAGGGUUCCUUGAUAAUACUAGUUUCACGUCUGACGUGGGCUGGGGAUGUAUGAUAAGAACGGCUCAGUGCUUGUUGGCCAAUACUCUUCAAACCGUGAUUGCAAGGAAAGCCAUUCAAGACGGAAAUACCCCAGAUUGGCUGUCAAUAAACACCCAGGUGGUUUCUCUAUUCAGAGAUAACUACAAUAGCCCUUUUUCUUUGCACAAUUUUGUUGGCGUGGCAUCACAUCUGCCUUUGAAGGUGAAACCCGGUCAAUGGUUUGGCCCGAGCGCUGCCUCCUUAUCUAUCAAACGUCUUUGCUCCAAGGCUAAUGAAGACGCAGACUUUCCGAAGUUAAACGUAAUGAUUUGUGAAAGCUGCGAUCUACACGGUGAUGAAGUCAAGCUGCUACUAGAGAAAACCUCCCGUCCGCUACUACUUUUGUUCCCAAUACGACUUGGUAUUGAAACGAUCAACGCCAUCUAUUACCCCAGCUUGUUCCAGCUUUUAUCGCUUCCUCAUUCUAUGGGUAUAUCAGGUGGAAAACCAUCAUCCAGCUAUUACUUCUUCGGUCAUCAGGGCGACCUGCUUCUUUACUUGGACCCCCACACUUCGCAACAGAUCGAUGAAACGAAUGGGUCAUAUAGGCCUCUUUCGUGCAACACAGUUCCUAUCUCGGGUCUAGAUCCUUCCAUGGUUGUUGGUCUUCUAGUGGAGUCGUACGCCGACUACGAAGCCCUUAAAUCAGAGCUCAAGGGUAAGAACAAGAUUGUCCAUUUCCAUGACCGUGCACCUACAAGAAGAUCUGUCUCGGUAUCCAAUCAAGACAAAAACGCGAAAUCAGCGGAGCCAGAUGGCAAUGGAGCUUCAGAUAUUGGUGAUUUUGUUGACAUUGGCGAUGAUUUUGCUGGUUCAGAGGUUGAAGAAGAGAUUCAAGAGGAUCCCAAUUCGUCGGUGACGGCAAAAUACGACAUCGUGGAAGGUCCAGCGCCCGUGACUGUCCUUGAGGACGAGAAAUGA